CUCUCCUCACCCGUCACUCUCAUUGUGACAAUAUACAGUGAGGAAGUGACAUCCUGUUUCGUAGCGUUAUAGUUAGAUGGCUAGAAGGUAGAAUGGGGCAAUAUUUUCUUUACUCUGGCGGAAUACAAGUCGAGAUGUAAUUACCGUAAAUAUCCUCAGACGUGCCAAGUGUCCUAAGUAAAAUGACAAUGACAUGGAAGCGGAUUGAGGAGCAUUCGGGAAUAGCUAUCCACAAUUUUGCACAUACAAUCCCACAUGCGAUAUGUUUAACAGUCGGCGAGGUUGUACAAAUAACUGGGGAAUGUGCAGAUUGGUAUUACGGCCGUAGCAAGCUUAAGGGGACAUCUGGAAUUUUUCCAAAAUCCUAUAUACAUACUCUGCAGAAAUCAACAAAUACAGAUAACUUAGUGCAGGAGAUUACCAGCGUCUUACGAGAAUGGGGGCAUCAUUGGAAGCAUUUAUAUGUGACUCACUCAGAGCACUUCAGGACGAUGCAACAACAGAUUCUGGAUGCAAUUGGAUACAGAAGCAAGAUUUUGAGUGGCACUUUAACAGUAGACGAAUUAAAGGAUAUGAAAAGAUUAGCAACAGCAAAAAUAGACACUGGAAAUCAAUUAUUGGGCUUGGACAUGGUGGUUCGAGACGAGCAUGGAAAUAUCUUGAAUCCCAUGGAGACAAGCACUAUUCAAUUAUAUUAUCAUCAUGAAACUGCCGCGGAAAGGAUAAGAAAAGCGUGCAAUGAUACCAAAAAGAAGCUGUAUAAGCCACAAGUACCUGUAUAUUCGCAUAUCUUUUUUGUCAGUGUGAGAAAUUUCGUGUGUAAAAUGGCAGAGGAUGUAGAGCUGCUAUUGACUUUGUAUGACGGUCGAGGAAUGAAAGCUAUCACGGAGAACUAUGUGGUAUCAUGGAGUAAAGAAGGACUUGCAAGAGAUAUUGAUCAAUUGCACAACCUUAGAGUAUUAUUCACGGAUCUUGGUUCUAGAGAUUUGACGAGGGACAAAGUUUAUUUAGCAUGUUAUGUAAUUAGGAUAGGCGGCAUGGAAGCCAAAGAACCAGACCACCGUCGCUCGAGUGUCGCGCAAAUUAAUCAGGGUAAAGCUAAAAACGUAGAGAGCAUGCGAAGACCGUUUGGUGUAGCCGCGAUGGAUAUUACCUUAUUUAUUACUGGCAAGCUUGAGGGUGAUGUUGAGCAACAUCAUUUUAUACCUUUUGUACAAUGUUGUGAGAAAGAUAGUCUCGAUGGCACAUUACGUAGAAUUAUCGCGCAGAAAGAAGCUAAUGUUCAAAAACAUGUCAAUGGUAAUAUCGCUAAUGUCACAGGUGGACAAGGAUUGUGGACUAGCUUAAAAUUAUUGAGAGGCGAUCCGAAACAGGUACGUGAUGAGAAUCCACACUUGGUACUUGGUAAUGUUGCUAUCGCGCGUAAAAUGGGAUUCCCAGAAGUUAUUUUACCAGGUGACGUACGUAAUGAUCUGUAUCUGACUUUAAUUAGUGGUGAAUUUAGCAAAGGUUCAAAAUCUACGGAUAAAAAUGUUGAAGUAACGGUUAAAGUAUGUAAUGAAUAUGGUAUAGCAAUUCCCGGAGUUAUAACAUUAGGUGGCGGCGCGUCACCAAUUGAUGAGUAUCACAGUGUUAUUUAUUAUCACGAAGACAAGCCUAGAUGGUGCGAAACGUUUAAGAUUGCUAUACCUAUAGAGGAAUUUAGGCAGGCUCAUUUGAAGUUUACCUUUAAGCAUCGCAGUUCUAAUGAAGCGAAAGAUAAGUCUGAAAAGCCAUUUGCUUUAAGUUACAUUCGAUUAAUGCAAUAUAAUGGAACAACUCUGCAAGAUAUACAACAUGAAUUGUUGGUUUACAAACUAGAACAGAAAAAGUACGAAGAGAGCGAUAUAUCUUACUUCAAGUUGCCAUCGACGCGUGGAGAAUUGGCUGAAUUAAAUAUGGAAAAAAAACCAAGUUUGGGAUCGCUAACAUUAAGUAGUAAGGAUAGCUUUCUGAUAGCGACCAAUAUUUGCUCAACUAAAUUAACUCAGAAUGUAGAUUUAUUAGGUUUACUUAAUUGGGCAUCGCACAAUACGGAUUUAAAAGAAUCUUUAGCUGCUUUAAUGAAAGUUGAUGGGGAGGAAAUAGUGAAGUUUCUGCAGGAUGUUUUGGAUGCUUUAUUUAAUAUCUUAAUGAGUAAUUCAGAUAGUGAUGUCUACGAUGACAUGGUUUUUGAGUGCCUUUUAUAUAUUAUUGGACUCGUGUCCGAUAGAAAGUAUCAGCAUUUUCAACCAGUAUUAGAUUUAUACAUUUCUGAAAGUUUCUCUGCAACUCUCGCAUAUAAAAAAUUAAUUGUGGUAUUGCGCAAACGUAUAGACAACGUUAGCAAUGGCGAUGGUCAAGAACGAGAUUUAUUGCUUAAAACAAUGAAAAGUCUACAAUACUGCAUGAGAUUUAUUGUCGAAUCUCGUCUUUUAUUCACUGAGUUAAAUCAGGAUGAAGAAGAAUUCUCACAAACUUUAACUGAUCUAUUACGGUCUAUCGUUAAUCUCAUGAGUCAUGAAACAGAUGGAACUUUGUUGGUUCAAGGAGCCUGUCUCAAAUAUCUACCAACAACGAUACCUCAUUUAUUAAGAGUUUAUAGUGGCAAGCAAUUGAGCACAAUUUUAACAGAUUUACUUGUGACUUUACCAACAGGUCGAUUAACCAAACAAAAAAUGAUGACAGUAAACGACAUUGUCCAUAGUCCACUUUUUUUAAAUGUGGAUUGUAGAGCGAUUUUAUUACCGAGAAUUACUAUACUUGUGAGAGACUUAUUGGAAGCCAAAGAAGAGGGGCUAUCGAGUACGCCUGGAAAGAGUGUGGCGAAGGUAGCCAGGCUGCUCGGCGAAAAUCGACAUCGACUCAACCAACAUCGCGGCUACUCCGAAGAGGUGGAAUUGUGUGUUAAGAUAUUAUCUGAUAUACUGGAACUGACUUUUAGAAAAGACAUAGGUAGUACAGUUUCAGACGUCAAGGAAAUAAUGUUAACAGCUUUACGUACCAUUAUACAGACUGUUAUAUCAAUGGAUAGAGAAAAUCCUUUAGUUGGAAAUUUAGUUUCAGUAAUGUUGGCGAUAUUCAGACAAAUGACGCAACACCAUUAUGAAGUGUAUAUCAAUCAUUUUGGAACAAAAAUUGAUUUACUUGAUUUUCUUAUGGAGAUAUUGUUAGUCUUCAAAGAUCUGGUUUCCAGAAGCGUGUUUCCAGGGGACUGGUGUGAAAUGAUCAUGCUUCAAAAUAACAUUAUUUUGAAUUCUUUACGAUAUUUCUCAGCGACAAUUCGAGAUUAUUUUUUUGCCGAAUUUGAACAUCAAGCAUGGUCAAAUUUCUUUCAUUGUGCCAUUGCAUUCCUAACUCAACCUGCUCUACAAUUGGAGACAUUUACACCGGCGAAACGAAAUCGUAUCAUUAAACGUUAUAAAGAUAUGCGCAGAGCAACUGUGUUCGAGAUUAGAUCUAUGUGGUUCAAUUUAGGACAACAUAAAAUACUGUUUGUACCCGCUUUAGUUGGUGCCAUCCUUGAAAUGGCACUAAUACCCGACACCGAAUUAAGAAAAGCUACUAUCCCCAUUUUCUUCGACAUGAUGCAAUGCGAGUACUAUAGUUCACGCAUAGUGGAAGGAUAUGGGGAUACUAAACGUGAUCCUGCACAUAUCAAAGCUAAUUUUACAGAAUAUGAAAACGAAAUGAUUGCAAAACUGGAUAUUCUAGUAGAAGGAGGCAGAGGCGACGAAUAUUUUCGUACACUUUGGACUGAUAUUAUGGGUUCUUUAUGCGAAAAACAUUCUACAAUGCGCGAGCAAGGUUUACGUUUCGUAGACAUUAUAUCUAGACUCAUGGAACGUUUAUUACAAUAUCGUGAUAUUAUUCAUGCCGAAUCCCAAGAACAUCGUAUGCUUUGUACUGUAAACUUAUUAGAAUUCUAUUCUGAGAUUAAUAGAAAGGAAAUGUAUAUCAGAUAUGUAAAUAAGCUGUGUGAAUUACAUUUAGAAUGCGAUAAUUAUACAGAAGCAGCUUAUUCUUUGAAGCUCCAUAGCCAAUUAUUAGCAUGGAGUGAUCAACCUUUAUCGCCUUUGUUAAUAUCACACAGAUAUCCGUUAUGCCAAACACAUCGAGAAUUGAAAGAAGCAUUAUACAAUGACAUCAUUGAUUAUUUCGAUAAGGGAAGAAUGUGGGAAUGUGCUCUUGCUGUUUGCAAAGAACUAGCAUCACAAUAUGAAGAAGAAACAUUUGAUUACUUGCAACUAUCCGUACUUUUACAACGCAUGGCAAAGUUCUAUGAUUGUAUAGUGAAACAAUUAAGACCUGAACCAGAAUACUUCAGAGUCGCAUAUUACGGCAGAGGACAUCCCGCUUUUCUUCAGAACAAGGUAUUUGUUUAUCGAGGAAAGGAAUAUGAACGACUUAGCGAUUUUUGUACGAGAACUCUGAAUCAAUUACCGAAUGCAGAGCAAAUGAAUAAAUUAUCUCCGCCCACCACAGAAAUGUUAGAAUCAUAUCAUCAAUAUGUACAAAUUAAUAAGGUAGAACCAUUAAUGGAUGAAAAAAGACAUCGUUUAAGUGGUAAACCUGUUACUGCAGAAGCAGUUUUAAGAUAUCAUCGCGUAAACGACGUACAACGCUUUAGAUUUUCAAGACCUGCACCAAGAAAGGAAAUUGUCGCGCUAAACAGUGAUAAAGAAAAGGAAGUGAAUGCCAAUACUAAUAAUAGCAAUGAAUUUGCCUCAUUAUGGUUGGAAAGGACAGUGCUUGUUACAAGCUACUCGUUGCCGGGAAUUCUUCGAUGGUUUCCUGUGAUAUCUAGUGAAACAUAUUUAGUCAGUCCUUUGAGAAAUGCGAUUGAAACUAUGGAAGCUACGAAUACAGCAUUGAGAGAUCUCAUUAUUGCUCAUAGGAGUGAUCCUAGUCUUCCGUUAAAUCCUUUGAGCAUGAAAUUGAAUGGCAUAUUGGACCCAGCUGUUAUGGGUGGUAUCGAUAACUAUGAAAGAGCUUUCCUUAACGUAGAGUACAAAGAUAGUCAUCCAGACGAGAGUUCAGAUCUUCUCAAAUUAGAAGGACUUAUUGCAGAGCAAAUUCCUCUGCUUAGUGUAGGUUUACAAUUGCACAAAACACGAGCGCCUACUGAGUUAGCACCGUUUCAUCAACGUUUAGAACAAUGUUUCAUGUCAAUGCGUAAUCAAGUAGAAGCUAAAUAUGGAAAAAGGACCUGCGAUUUACAAAUUGAAAGCCUAACGCAAACUGUAACAAUGCGAAGACCACCAACUUCAAGGGGAGAUAAUCACUGCCUAUCCGAGUCAAAUAUGAAUAAUUCAGACUGUAUAAAUUACUACAGGGUAUCCUCACUUACAAGAUCUCAAGUUGCAACGUUCAAGUCGCUUACAUCGUUCAAUUUUAACAACAGCACCCCUUCGAGUAAUACUCAAAACAUCAAUUUAUCAAGGAAUAAUUCUGUGCGUUCGCACAUCUUGUCAACGGCCUCUUUGCAAAAGGCAUUGGGAAAUUCGAAUUCGGGAACAUAUAAAAAGAAGGAUUCGAAGCGUAGAAGUUCGCGGAAGAGUGAUUCUGCUACAGUAACGAAAACCGAUCAACCGACCAGCCAAUGGUACACCACAACUGAAAUAUCUCAAUCUUUAUUUCAACAGGGAACAUCGUCUAUCACAUCAUUAAUAUCUAAUUUACACUCAACGCAUGUAUUUGAGCUUCGACAAGAGAAUAUGUUUCAUUGCACACAGCUCACACCAAAACGUCCCCUAAGAUCGGAAGUAGAAAAAGAACGAAGAAUGAGUAAUCGUUGGUCUGGUCAAUCUCAGCAUUAUCUAAGAAAUAUCAAUAACGGUCUAGAAUCAAGUGGUUUGGGAAAAGGAAAUAGAGAUAGCGUCGGCACAACUGACAGUACUGCGUCCGAAGACGAUCCACCGCCACCUCUACCGAUUAAAAUGCGCGAAGCUGAUUAUUGCAACCUUCCGGAGGAACUGGCUACCAAUCGAUGUGCAGUCACUUUGAAUAAUCUGAAUAAAUCUUCGGGACAGUGCAAGAACAAGUUGCCGACGCCUACCGACGACGAUCUGGACGAUCACUCUAAACCGCCGACACCACCACCAAAACCGAAAAGACCGGUUCACAAUUUAAACAAGAAUACGCUUGCCUCCAAUGACGUUGAAAGUUCAGUUGUCGAGGAUUCGUCGACUGCAUAACGUAAUGUGAAAUCCUGCAGACGCCUCAUGUUGUCCACCUUGCCAAAAGAUGGGAGAAUAAGCGUCUAUCCAUAAGCAUUGUAAAAGCAUUUUCCAUUGAUUUUUAUAUCGUCAAUUUUCAAAAGAGUUACCAUUCAUUAGAAUUAGCAUUCUAGUAUAUUUCUUUGUGCCUUUCUUUCGCAAUUUAGGAUAAGUGAAUAAGUAUAUGCUACUGAAACAAGAUUACUCUGACAACAAAAGAUAUUAGUUUAUCUGUACUGAACGAGUAAUGUUAUUGAAAAGAAUCCAAAAAUUAGUACAGAUUUAAAGACAUAUUUUACAAUUUAUAAUGCACAUAUGUGACAAGAAUUAUAACGACGAUCAUAAUCUAAUACUAUAUCAAUGCAUCUAUUGUAUUUCUAUUCUUAUAUACAGCGAAGCUUUUUUGCUAGAUUCCAAAAAAUAUGAGAUUUUUAUAACACUAUCAAUAGAAAAGGAUGAAAUUUGUGCUUAAAGGUGAAAAUUGUGAAAUUUGCUUUUAACAAUAGUUCACCCUAAGUAUAUUUUUAUCGAACAUUUUAAUAUUGCUUCAUUGCAAACCUGCUUGCUGUAUAUCAUUAUAAUGCAUAAUCUAUUGUAGUAACGUCCAUUUUUUCGAUCAAAGACUUCAUUUCAAUAUAACUUUAAAUAUAUUUAUAUAUAUUUAUGAAAAAUAUAUUUUUUAUAAAUUUUGAUAUAAAACGUAUACAGACAAUAUAGCUUUAAUUAUAAUAAAAAUUUUGGAACUUUUUUACAUUUUAUACUGACCACACUUUUGAACAAUUUGCUAUCGCUAAUAAUAAUACGAAUGAUAUCCAUUAAAUAUAAUGAGAACAAGUAACAUUUUGCAUAUAUUUGUUAUAAUAUUUUAAUUUAUUUCCUAAUAUUCAUAAAUUUGAUUUCUUUUUUAUAGCAUAGGUUACGAAUGUUUUGAAAUGUUGAUUUCUUUAUCUUAAUUGAUUAAUCACAUGCUUCAAAGUGUUCCUAACUAAAUGAACCGUAAUAACAAUUAUCGCAGUAAUUAUAGUUUAAUAUGGUUAUUUAAACAUUACCAAGAGCCAUUGUGAUCUAGUGGUAAAACAAUUUAUGUGUUAAUGUUUAUAUAAAUCAUUCUUGUUAACAGCGAGACUAUACUCUUAUAUGUUAACUUAUUUUUAAAACUAUAGGAUAUUGAGAGAUUAUUUGAAAAUAUAUAUUCAACGAGAAUAAGUAUGCAAAUGAUAAUGUAUAUGCUUUUGCAUAUUUGUUUCAUCCAAAUGAAUAAUGUACUUGUAACAAUUAUGAGGUUGUAGUACAGUCAUAUGAUACCCAUGACAAACUGCUUCCAAAUUGAGCACAAAAUCAUAAUAAAAGUUUAAGCGAAUUUUACGAGGAGUUAUAAUCUGUAAUCUUAUAAUCAUAAAGACUUUAUAAACAGUCAGGGUAUUGAUGUGCAUCGUCUUUUAGUUACGGCAUAUUCUCAAAAUUUACUUAUAUCAAAAAUAGCAAAACUAAUUAUUUACACAAAACUAAUUAUUUAUGUCUUUCGUUAUUAUCAUUUGAGUCUCAUGCCAAAGAGAUUAGUGCUUUAUUUAUUAAAAGCGUUAGAGCAUUAUAUGUAUUGCUGAAGAAAAAUAUUAUGUAAUAUAUAGAUAUUUACAUCUAAUGCACAAAGAGAGAGAUAAAGUAAAAAAUAGAGAGAGCUUGAUAUAGUUUAUUCAUUACUUAUUAUAAUUAAUAUAACAAAGAUCUGUAUUCAAAGUUAUUGUUCUUGCGAUAGUUCAACUUGUUUAGUUGUUUUCUGGAGAAAAUAAAUCUCCGAAAAAAAAUAUAUAGCCAUAUGUUUGAACAAAGCAUUUAUGAAUACAGUUCUUAACUUUGACACCAAUUUUGUUAUGUAAUCGAAGAAAUUGACAAUAUAUGGAGCUUAAAAAUUAAGAAAAA